GGCGCGGGCAGCGGAGCGGCGGCGGCGGCGGCGGCGGCAGCGCUCGGCGCGGGGCAGAUGAGGAGCGCGGCGAAGGGGGCCGGACGGACAGGCCAUGCUGCCCCCUCCCCCGACCCCGCUCGGGCGGGCGGGCGGGGACGGCCGAGGGGAGGGCCCGCCGGGGGCCGACCUGCCGGCUCCUCCCCCCGCCGCCCUGCGAGCAUAAAGCCCAGCGCUCGCCAGCCCGCCCGCCCGGGCGCUCGCGGAGGCGGCGGCGCCCGGACCCCGCUCCCGCCGGGCUCCCGGGUCCCCGAGGGCAAGAGAGACCCCCUCGAAUCCCGAGGCGGGCCGGGACCUGGGCGCGGCCGCACCCCCCACCCACCCCGGCACAGGGGCCGGGCCGCGGGAACGCCCUCCCGGAAUGAAGCGCUUCCCGGUGCCUUCAAGAGUUCUAAACCCCACCCCAUCGGAUUGGAAGAACCUAAGAUGCCUGCCCAGUGCGUUUGGAGUUACUUCUCUCGGAGCUCUGGGCAACGUAAACCUGACCUCUGGAAGGAUGCCCAUCCCCCUCCUCUCAGUAUACUUUCCCCGCCCCCCACCCCAGCCACCUUUGCUAGAAGAACGUGAGAGACUCAAGUUAAUGGUUUCCUUGGGGACUUUCUGGGAACACUCAGCAGGUAUAUCCCGCCACCCUGUGUGCAUGACACUAGAAACAAACUUGCUUUUUCCUGUUUGUAUCAUC